AUGAAAAAGUUUAACAACAUAUCGGAUAUACUACAAACAAUCUCCCUCUUGGCUACCUUAAAAGUGGUAGUUAAUGGACAAACAACCUGUAAUGGCGGUUUAGGUCGAGUUGUUUACGAGAGACUUCCAGAUCAACAGCUUCAAGGCUUCGACGAUGACGUGGUACGAGACUCCGCGCCGCCGUUCAGAGUUUUGGAAAAAUGUCAGGAACUUUGUCUACGCGAUCGAACGGCAACAAACAACUUGGUACGCGCUUGCACGAGCUUCGACUUCCAACCUGGUAGCAGAAUCGCGUCUUUCAGCGGGGCUGCAGAGUACGAGGAAAGUACUUGUUACUUAACCAGAGAACAGGCGCAACCAGAGGGCAUCGGAAACCUGAUGCUGGUGCCAAACAGCGUUCACUUCACGGAAGUUUGUCUCGGCUCGGAUAGGAUAGAAAGAGAAUGCCCCAAUAGACGUUACGUGUACGAGAGACAUCCGAGGAAGAAACUGAAACUACCGUUGACAGACAUUAAGGAAGUUAGCGCGGCAAACAGAACCGACUGCGAGGACAGAUGUCUCAACGAAUUCAGUUUCAUUUGCCGAUCGGCGACCUACGACACGGCGCUGAGAAGCUGCGCUCUGAGUCGCUUCACCAGAAGAACGCAUCCUGAAUUAUUGGAGGACGAUCCUAAUUCCGAUUACCUAGAGAAUACGUGUCUCAACGCGGAGCGACGUUGCGAUGGAUUGGCCGUGUUCGUCAAAGAGGAGAACAAGCGUCUACGGGGACCGUUCGAAGUCGACAUUUACACGAACCUAACCCUGGACGAGUGCCAAGCCCUUUGCCUCAGAGCGGAAAAAUACUUUUGUCGAAGCGUCGAGUUUGACGAGCAGACGCGACAAUGCGUCAUUUCGGAGGAAGACUCGGUCUCCCAGAAGGAUGAUAUUGGAAUCAGCAGCAGCCCUAGCCACCAUUUCUACGAUUUGGUUUGCCUGGAUAAUCAUCCGCCCAUAGCACGUGGCUCCGAGUAUCCAGACAGCAGCUCCUCGUCGCACCUCUUCUCCGACGGACGUCGACCUGACACUGCCUUUCAACGUUACCGGAAUUCACGUUUAAGCGGAGAAUUCCACUCGGAAAUAACCGGGCGCAGCUUGAGCGAAUGCCUUGACGAGUGUCUUCGACAGACCAGCUUCCAAUGCAGAAGCGCUGUCUAUUCCGAGCAUUACCAUACCUGUCGACUGAGUCGAUUUAAUCAACGUGACGGUCACAGGAUCAUCUAUGACGCAGAUUACGAUUAUUAUGAGAAUCUUAUGCAUCAAUAUCUGGACGGAGACCGAGACAACCCAGGCUACCGACCAGAUCCAUUAGGACAAGAUACGAACUUUGGCCGUCCAUCUCUCGGAAGACCCGGCUACCCAGACGACUACGACAAAGGAUACACUAGCAGCGUGAAGCCAGACCGAUUUCCGGAUCGCCACCCAGACCGAUACCCCGAUCGUUACCCAGAUCGAUACCCCGAUCGUUAUCCAGAUCGUUAUCCCGACAGAUAUCCAGAUCGGUAUCCUGACAAGUACCCAGAUCGUUAUCCUGACAAAUACCCAGACCGUUAUCCAGACAAAUAUCCAGAUCGUUACCCUGACAAGUAUCCAGAUCGCUAUCCUGACAAGUACCCAGAUCGCUAUCCUGAUCGUUACCCAGACAGGUAUCCCAUAAGUGGACACUACCCAAUCGGAGCAGGUGGUGACAACUUCCCUGAACCGAUAGAUCGAUAUCCUGUCAACGAUCGUUAUCCCACGGCAGAUCGUUAUCCUAUAAGCGAUCGUUACCCGAUUGGAGAUCGAUAUCCAUCCUCCGACAGAUAUCCAGUUUCCGAUCGAUUCCCGAUCAGGGGCGGCGAUCGUCGUCCAGUUCCUGCCGAUCGAUAUCCGAUACCCGAUCCAGCUAUAGACAGAUAUCCAACGAACACUCGAUAUCCCACCGGAGGCGGUAACCGGUAUCCAAUAUCUCCAGGUCGCUAUCCAAGCGACAGCGACCGUUAUCCCAACACCAUAGACCGGUACCCCAUUCCAGAGGAUCCUUUGGAUCGUUAUCCUUCAGGAUUAGGUGGCGCAAGGCCUCACGCAGAUCGAUAUCCCAUCAGUGAAAGAUACCCGGACAAGGACCUUUAUCCCAGCCGAUUUCCUCCCCCAUCUCACUCAAGCGGCUACCCUGCCAAUUAUCCGGACGAUGGGUACGGGUCACAAGUGCAUCCAGAGCGUCCUCAUUAUGGCGUAGCUGGACCAACGCGUCCCUUGGGCUACGGUGGCUACAGCAACGACGGUAGCAUCAUCGGCGGCGGCUAUGUGGGCGAAGGUGGAGUCUACAACACCCGACCUUUCGGAACGAGCGGUGGUCCUAUCAUUGGUCGUCCGCCUCUGGUGUCGAGAUGCGACGAACAGGACAAUUUCCGUCAAGUGGGGCCCCACACCAGGGUCCGAAAGCCGUUCGUCAGACGAUACACGACCGCUUCGUCGCUGGCCCAAUGCGAAAGGGAAUGCGCGGAUGCCAGGGACUUCGUCUGUAGAUCCUUUAAUUAUCGUCCUUACGCAGCCCCGUACGGCGCUGAGAGGGACAACUGCGAGUUGAGCGAUCGAGACUCCAGGGACAUGGACAUGGGGAACCCCGUCUACUACGACACUGGCUCCGAUUACGAUUUCUACGAAAGAAACAACGGCAGACAGGGCGUGGACUCGGAGUGUCUCGACGUGAGUCAAGUCUGUAGCGAAGACGGAAUGGAAUUUACUUUAAGGACUCCGGAGGGAUUCAUUGGCCGGAUAUACACGUACGGCUAUUACGAUCGCUGCUUCUUCCGUGGAAAUGGGGGAACCGUAAACGUGCUGCGAAUCAGCGGUCCUCAGGGUUACCCCGAAUGUGGCACGCAAAGAUACGGCGACACAAUGACGAACAUCGUCGUGGUACAGUUCUCCGACUACGUGCAAACCGGAAGGGACAAACGCUUCAAUCUCACCUGCCUGUUUCGAGGUCCUGGCGAGGCUGUCGUCACAUCCGGCUACAUCGGUGCCGGGUAUGCCAGGUCAGGGUCCCCAAUUCCCAUUGAGUAUCUGCCAGCGGAAAAUACCCUAAGUUCCAGAGUACGUUUGCUAAUCCUCUAUCAAGGUAGACCUACAACCACCAUCGCUGUUGGUGACCCGCUCACCUUCAGGCUGGAAGCUCAGGAAGGGUAUAAUUACGUAACCGACAUCUUUGCUACCAACGUCAUAGCGAGAGAUCCUUAUUCAGGGAGGAGCGUUCAGCUCAUUGACAGAUAUGGUUGUCCAGUAGACAAUUACGUGUUCCCUGGAUUGGACCGUUUGCGAGAGGGGGAUAGUCUCGAGGCACGUUUCAACGCCUUCAAGAUCCCGGAAUCGAAUUUCUUAGUGUUCGAGGCAACCGUGAGAACGUGCAGAGAUGGCUGUCAGCCCGCGUAUUGUUCUGGCGGAACCGGAAGAAGCGAGCCAUCGUUCGGAAGGAGACGAAGAGACGUGUCGUUGAAUGACACCGUUGACAAAGAAAAUGAAAUAAGUACGAUAAUCGAGAAUAAUGGAAACGACACAUCCCCAGCGUCCAAUUCCACGGACAUCGAUGACGUUAACGCGGAUGAAAGAGACGAAGCCGAGGAAGAAGAGGAAGAAGAACACGUUAGAGAAAUGAUCGAGGUGCUGGACUCAAGAAUGGAUAUUGACGAAGAGACAGUUGUUGAAAGACAAACUACAGUCAUGGAAAGCGUUUGCAUUACACCAAACGAAUAUUAUGGCCUCGUGACAGCGGUUGCAGUGCUCGUGGUCCUUCUAGCUUCCGUAGUAUUGUUGUCCAUGCUGAUUUACAGAAAAUACGCUUACUCGGUAAUCACGAAGAACCGUAGAGUUGAUAAACCGUGCAAUCGCAGCAGCCACUCGGACGACGCUUACAGCAGUCGAGCGAAUAAUUUUUCCUUUUUGCGAACAGGCCUUCAAAAACCAUUCCAAUCAACGUCGAUCUCCAGAUCCAUGAGUAACGUGAUUAAUCAGCGUGUGAGCUCGUCGUCAACAGCGCUGGAGGGUGCUGUAGGAUUAUCGUCCAGAAGGACUGGCUUCGACCCCAGUGAACCUAUUUACACCGAUCCAUCGCUAUUCGAGGUUGCUCGAUGCUCGUCGCCCAAACCAGCACUCAACGAUAAUUUCCACUUGAUGUGA